GUGCAGGGCUGACACUUGGCGCUGAGCUCCGCAGGCUCUUCGCUGGUUCCCAGGCUGCCGGGUGUGAGCUUUGGGGGCUGGGUGGGGGAGGGGGAGGAUUCCAGUCCCUCCUCCCUUUCCUCCUCUGGCUGCCCUCAGGGGCUGGGGCAGGCCCCCAGCGGCUGCAGCCCGAGGGGCAGGGCUGUCCUUUGCGGGGAUCCCUCCUCUCUUUGGGGGAGCCCCUUUCCUGCCCUCUCCCCCAGGGGAGGCUCAGGAUCCUAGUCACUUCGCCCUGGUCGCUCCAGCUUCCUCAUCUGUAAAAUGGGAAACAGCAGCUCCAGCCUCAGUGAGAGCAUGAUUGUGGAGCCCUUAGCACAGUGCUGGCUCUUAUUGGAAAAGUCAUCCAGCCCCCUCAAGGCCCUGGAACUGGGGUGACCCGGCAGAGGGAAGGGGUGGGCCCCAGAGGAUGGGGGGGCGUGGGAGGGGCCUGGGGAUCAGCGAAGAAGGACUCCAAGGGAGGGGGAGGGCGAGGGAACAAGGUGUAAGGGGUGUGUGUGCUGGGAGGACCCUCGGGUUGGGGAGAGCAGAGGACAUGUCUGGGAGGGGGACAGGGGGUCACCCCAACCCUACCCUCCUUGCUUAGCCCCUGGGGUCUGUCACUGCCUCGGCGCCCCGUUCUUCCUGACCCUGAGCAGCCCCUCCUCUUUCUGGCCCUGUUUUCCUCAGUCCCCAUUCUGUGUUCCUUAAUUAAGAGGAAAGGAAGUACUCCUGGUGCCAUUCGUGUGGCCCUUCAAGGUGUGCCAAGCUUGCACUCACCAGAACCUUGGGAAGGAGAGCUUAAGUGACUGGCCCAGGGUCUCAUUGUCUAACAUUUGCCUGAAGCCAAAUUCCAGCCAGAUUCCCUUUUCAGGCAUUAGAUAAAGGUCCUGUGAUCUUGAACCCACUCUUGCUAGCCCACUGUGUUAAGAAAGCAAUGAAACCUUAGUGAAGGGAUGUUGAAUUAGCCAAGCUUGUCCCAAGCCAAGCCCAACCCAACUGAGAUGAUAAGUGGCACAGACAGGAUUGGAACUCAGGACUUGGGAGCCUAAGCCCAGUAGACUUCCUGUUGCACUGUGCUAGCUCACCAAGCGAACUCUUGUAUGUCAGUGGACACAAAAGGAAGUUGAAAAAGGAAGUACCCUUGUCAGGCCACGGUGUCUCUGGAAAAUGACCCCAGGAGUUGGGUUAGAAUGAGUGAUGGCUCAUCCCCACUGACCUCUUCCUCUUAAGUUGCCCAGAAAGAUGUUCCUACCCCUGGACUGGCUAUGACCGAUUGUUGCCUUCAGUCUUCACGGACUCCAUAUUCCUUUCAUUCAAUCUUUAUAAUUUCUUGGUUAUCUCCAACCUCUCAUUACAUUUCCUGGUCAUCCUUUUCCUCUCUUGACCUCUUGGUCAGUGAUUUCAACUCUUGUUAUCAUCUGUUCUCUAGUUCUUUGCUCAGUUGUCCAUCACCAGUCACACCUUGCCCACCCUGACCCUUGGAUUCCCUUCCCCCUCUACCAUCUUGGCUCAGACUCUUCUGCAGCACAUGGUACUGCUUCCCAUCACAAAGGUGCAAUGACCGGAGGCCCACACCUUUAGGUUACCCAAUCUCAACUGGGCUGGCACUGAAGGAAGGCAGGAAGUGGUGCUUCCCUCUCCCACCUUCCACAGCAUCUCCUGUAAACAUUGUCUCCCCUGCCCAGAACUGCCCAGCACAUGUUCCUCACAGCUUUUCAGGGAAGGAACUGCUCUCUCCCUCUUCUCAGACCCAACUCGAGUUCCCUCUUGUCUCUUCCUCCUCAUGUCACGACCCUCAGAGGCUUCUGCAAACACCCACUCCUUUAGCCCUGUCUCCCAGGAAGGAGUCACUCUCCCCUGGCCAGGCACAGUCUGUACUCCCUCCAUCCUGCCUUCUCCAGCCCCAUCUCAUCCCCUGGUUGUCCCUAAUCUUCAGCCUCUCCUUCCUUCCCAGCUCAUAGCUUGGUUCUGCUGUAUACAAGAAUUUCCUUCUUUCCUUCUUCCUCAGAAAACACUCCGGUGACCUGUGCGUGUCCUCACUAGCUGGCAUCCUUUCAGCUCUCCUCCAUUUUGUAGGCAAAGUCUCUGAGAAGGACACGUAUCAUGUGGGACUCCCAUUCCCCCCUGCCUCUCACUCCCUUCUGAACUCUACAGGCUGCUUCCAGCCUCAUCAGUCACCUGAAACUGUCUCCAGACUUAGCAGUGAUCCUGGAAUCCCCCAACCGAAUGGCCUUUGCUCAGUCUCAUCCCUCCGGAGGGCUCUGGAGCCUUUGAUGCUGCCUGUCCUCCUCUUCCUCUCUGUGUUCCCUGCUCUUCAGUUCUUUGUGCUCUCUUGUGGUUCUCCUCUUCCUCUCUGUGUUCUCUUCUCUCCGGUUCUUUGUGCUCUCUUGUGGUUCUCCUCCUGCCUCUCUGUGUUCUCUGCUCUCCGGUUCUUUGUGCUCUCUUGUGGUUCUUGUGGUUCUCCUCCUGCCUCUCUGACUUCUCUGUCCCAGGCUCCUUUGCUGGCUCUUCAUGUAGGUCACUGCUGACCAGGUGACGCCAAGACUCUGUUCUGGGCACUCCUCUGACUUCAUGAAGGGCCAGAAGACCCAGGACAGAGCCCUGGAAGAGACUCGGGCAUCAGGACGGACCUGGAUGAAGAUUCAGCCAUGGAAAUGAGAUGUCAGUUAGGAAGAGAGGAAGAGAAUCAAGAAAGAAUGAUGUCACUGGGAAAGUACACGGUAGAGAGUGUCAGGGAGAGGAGCCCAGUGCUUAGGAAGGUACAAACAUCCAGGGAACCCAAAGGGAAAGGAAAGACAUUUUCUGUGCUUCUGGAACUCGUCUUCCAAAGAAGAAUGCUGGUAUCACAUUUGAAAUUGAGGUAAAUUGAGCCAAGGUCUCUCCGCCUUCUGGAAGUCUGCUCUGCAAUUGCAGGUCCAAAGAAGUUCUGAACCCUGUUUCUGCUGACUGCCCUCUUCAUUGGGCUCCAUCUUCUCUGGCUUAUCUCUUGCCAGCCUCCUGCCCAGGAAGAGAAGAGAAAAAGCUCCUCACUUUGGGGAUCCUUGUCCUCCCCCAGCUCAGCCUGCAGAAGACCGAGGCCUGGCCCAAGGAGGGGGCCUGGAGCUGGAGAGAAUGGCCUCUGGCCCCCAGAGAGCCCAACCCCAGGAGCGGAUGACCUUCAAGGAUGUGGCUGUGGACUUCACCCGGGAGGAGUGGCGCCUCUUGGAUCAUUCUCAGAAAGAGCUGUACAGGGAGGUGAUGCUGGAGAAUGUGCAGAAUCUGAUUUCCCUGGGGUUUUCAGUUCCUAGAGCACAUUUGAUCUCCAACCUUCAGCAAAGGGAAGCACCAUGGCUGCUAGAGCAAAAAAGUCCAAGGAGCUCCUUUUCAGAGACUAGAUUUGAAGUGAAUGAGAUGACUGCAAAGCUGAACAUUUUUGUGGAACAAUCUGGCCAGCAAACAUCCAUGGAUCUUAAUCCCUGUGAUUUCAAUUUGAGAGAAAUCUGUGACUCUACUACCAAGGUUGAUGAUAAUCCAAGUAGUCACUAUGAAUCUGAUAAAAUUGGAAAGAGAUUUAGAGAAUAUUUAGUCCUAAAUCACUCCAAGAAAAGGGCCUCAGGGAAUUAUUGUUUUCAUGAGAAGCCUCCUGAAAUGCAAAUGUGUCAAGGUAAUCUAGGGGAAAUGGCCUUCAACUGGAAUUCAGAACUCGUCAGACAUCAAAAAAGUUAUCCUGGAGAAAUGCAUUAUGUAAGCAAUAAAGAUGGGAAAACCUUCAGUCAGAAUUGUAAGAUCAUUACUCAUCAGAAAAUUCACAUUAGAAAGGAGCCUUAUGAAUAUAAGGAAUGUGAAACAAUAGUAUCCCAUCACUCAUCUCUUCCUUACCAUCCUAGAUUUCAUACUGGAAUGAAAACAUAUUCAUGUAAUCAGUGUGGGGAGGCUUUUGGUUGGAAUUUAGAUCUUGUUAGACACCAGAAGAUUCAUACUGGAGAGAAGCCUUAUAAAUGUAAUGAAUGUGGAAAGGCCUUCUACUAUAGAUCACUCCUUAUUGGGCAUCAGAAAAUCCACACUGGCGAGAAACUGUUUCAAUGUAGUCAGUGUGGAAAGGCUUUCACAGAGAGAGCCGAUCUUGCUAAACAUCAGAGAAUCCACGCUGGAGAGAAACUUUAUGAAUGUAAUCAGUGUGGAAAGGCUUUCACAAAGAGCUCUAGUCUUGCAGUUCAUCAGAGAAUCCACACUGGAGAGAAACCUUAUGAAUGCAAUAGUUGUGGAAAGGCUUUCACAAAGAGCUCCAAUCUUGCUGUACAUCAGAGAAAACAUAGUGGAGUAAAACCAUAUGAAUGUAAUAAAUGUGGAAAGGCUUUUAGAUACAGGUCCAGUCUUACUGAUCAUGAGAAAAUUCAUACUGGUGAGAAACCAUAUGAAUGUAAUCAAUGUGGAAAGGCUUUCACAAAGAGCUCUAGUCUUGCUUCACAUCAGAGAAUCCACACUGGGGAAAAACUUUAUGAAUGUAAUCAAUGUGGAAAGGCUUUCACACAGAGCUCUAGUCUUGCAGUACAUCAGAGAAUCCACACUGGAGAGAAACCUUUUCAAUGUAGUCAAUGUGGAAAGGCUUUCAGAGAGAGCUCUCAUCUUGGUGCCCAUCAGAGAAUCCACACUGGAGAGAAACCUUAUGAAUGUAGUCAAUGUGGAAAGGCUUUCAAAGAGAGCUCUCAUCUUGCUGCCCAUCAGAGAAUCCAUACUGGAGAGAAACCUUAUAAGUGUAAUCAGUGUGGUAAGACUUUCACAAAGAGCUCUAGUCUUUCUGUACAUCAGAGAAUCCACACUGGGAAGAAACCUUUUGUAUGUAAUCAAUGUGGAAAGGCUUUCACACGGAAUUCCCGUCUUGCUGCACAUCAGAGAAUCCACAGUGAGGAGAAACCUUUUGAAUGUAAACAGUGCGGAAAGGCUUUCACACAGAGGACCAGUUUUGCCACGCAUGAGAAAAUCCACACAGGAGAGAAGCCUUAUGAAUGUGACCAGUGUGGAAAGGCUUUCACAGGGAAGGGCAAUCUUGCUGCACAUCAGAGAAUCCACAAUGGAGAUAAAUCUUAUGAAUGUAAUCAGUGUGGAAAGACGUUCAAAUACAGUUCCAGUCUUGUUAGACAUCAAAGCAUCCACACUGGAGAGAAACCUUUUGAAUGUAAUCAUUGUGGAAAGACUUUCAGAAUUAGCUCCAGUCUUUUUAGACAUCAACGACUGCACACCGGAGAGAAACUUUCUCAAUGUAAUUAAUAUGGAAAAACUACGUAGGGCUAAUUUUGUUGCACAUCAGAGAAUCUACACUGGAGAGAAACCUUUUGAAUGUAAUCAGUGUGGAAAGGCUUUCUUAUAAAGCUCCACUGGGCCUGCUGCACAUAAGACAAUUCCACAAUGGAGAGAAACCAUGAGUAUUUUGAAUGAGGCAGAGCCUUUAGUUGUUACUCUUAACUAAUUUAAUAGAAGAAAAUUCUUACUAUAGAAAGAAACUGUAGGAAUCUAAUCAACUUGGCAAAGCCUUCAGAUAGCACUCCUCUCUUAUUUCCCAUCCAUCAGUUCAUAUUAGAUAGAAAUUUUAUCACUUUCAUGAAUAAGGCAUUCAAAUAGAGUUCUUAACUUAUUCAGUAUGAGAAAAUUCAUUCUUAUGAAUUCACUGUGUGAAGGUUUUCAGUCAGAGGAUCAUUUUUUUUUUUAAUAUUAGAGGAAUCAGAAUGGAGACAAGCCUUAGGAAUGUGUUCAAAGAAGGGCUGAUCAAUAGACAAUAACAUUCAUACUGAAAUGAAAGCAUAUAAAAGUGAUGACUGUGGGAAGGGAUUCACCUUCUUGACUGUAUGUUGGAGAAAUCUUGGGCAUGAUAAAAGUUAAUUAUCUAUAACAAGGGAAGGUCUCUUGCUGCAGCACAGACUUCAUUAGACAUCCUAAAUUUCCUACAGUGCAUAAAACUCUCUAAAUGUAAUGAAUUUUUCUCUGAAUCCUAAUGUUUAUUAUUACAUUUCAAUAUUUCAUGGCAUUCAAAUAUUGUAACUUCUUCAGCCAUUACCCAGUUCAUUUGUACACAUUUUGUUUCCUGUUGUUUGCUGACACAAAAAUCCUCCUAUAAAAAUUUUGGCAAUCACCAGAGAGGACUUUGUUGUUUUCAAGAUCACUGUUUUGAAAUAAUACUUUGAAAUCUUGCAUUGCUGUCAUUUUCCUUCACUUUUCCCUCCAUUGAUGGUCUUGAUGUUUUUGUUCUUCAAGAUGAAUGUUAUUUUCUUCCAGUUCAAUAAAAUAAUUUUUCAUGGUUUGA